ACCACUGUGGUCAAUCGGGGCCACAGCCAGCCAGAGACGGUUUUUUCCGAAUAUUUGCAGCACUUUCCGCCAUGCUGUCAAGGGCUGCCCGACCGGCCUUGAGAGCCGGCGCUACCGUCUCGUCCCGAGCGGUAGCUCCGAGCACGGCCACCUUCGCAACGCUGCGUGAGAUCGAGGGCCGCCUCAAGUCGAUUCGCAACAUUGAGAAGAUCACCAACACGAUGAAGAUUGUGGCUUCGACCAAGCUGACGCGCGCGCAGCGCGCCAUGGCCGACUCGCGCAAGUACGGCGAGACGAGCAACGAGGUGUACGAGUCGGCCGAGACUAAGCCGCUUGAGGGCGAGGGCAAGAAGAAGCUCCUGGUGGUGUGCAGCUCCGACAAGGGUCUUUGCGGUGGUGUCCACUCGGGUCUGUCGCGAUACAUUCGCCGGAGGGCUACCGAGAACCCCAACUUCGACCUCGUGAUCCUGGGCGAGAAGUGCAGGUCCCAGCUGCAGCGCACCAACGCCAAGGACAUCGUCCUGAACUUCGCUGGCGUAGGCAAGGACAUCCCAACCUUUGCCGAGGCCCAGGCCGUUGCGGACCAGAUCGUCACGCUUCCUGGCGACUACUCCGACAUCGAGAUUGUCUACAACAGGUUCAUCAACGCCACGAGCUACGAGCCCACCGUCAUUUCGGCCUUUUCUGAGGAGGCUUUUGCCGCGUCUCCCAACUUCUCCGCCUUCGAGGUUGACGAGGAGCUGCUCUCCAACCUGCGUGAGUACGCGCUCGCCAACUCGCUCUACUGGGCUCUGUCCGAGGGCCACGCCUGCGAAAUCUCCGCUCGCCGCAACGCCAUGGAUAACGCCUCCAAGAACGCUGGUGAAAUGAUCAACAAGUACCAGAUUCUUUUCAACCGCACCCGCCAGGCCGUCAUUACUGGCGAACUGGUUGAAAUCAUCACUGGUGCUACCGCCUCAGAGGACAUGUAAACACGUUAAAAGCGCGCGAUUUAAUGGCCUGUAGACGAAGAGUGUGUAGAUGGAGUAGCAGCAGUGAGGGGGAAUUCCGCGGUUGCGGCGCGGAGGCUUGGUGUCUUCCUUCUUAGACCCGCCCAACGAUAAGCUAGAGCGCCCAGGAGGACAGAGACGGUUUCCUUUGUACCAAGUAGCAAGAGUCCUCGCAAUCCAGCAUGCGGCCCUCGCAGUGUAUGUACCAACGCCUUUCGGAAUACAAAGUUCCUUGCAUGUACCAAAUCGAACUUGAGAAUUGAAGUAUCCCCUCUUUGCCUGGUGUUUCUGCGGUCUGGCACCGUCAACAAAUCCGUAGUUUGAUCAUGAUAGGUAGAAUCGGUGUAUGGCUUUCUUGAUGUAUCCUAGCCACAAGAGUCAAAGUUAUGCAUGGAGAUACCACAGUCUGAC